AUGCUGGACUCACUCGACCUUACCGCCAUGACCACCAUCCUCCAAGAGACACUAUGGCAAUACCCACGCACAACCCUCCUCACAACCCUCAUCCUCCUGACCCUCCUCACCACCCGCCUAAUCACCACACUCCGCUUUCGCACCCAAACCACCGCCAUCGCCAAUGCCACCCACCCCAUCUCCCCACCAGAAAUCCCCUACACGAUCCCCUUCCUCAAAAACGCCACCGUCUUCCUCAACCUAGGCCGCAAUGUCGCCUCUAUCACCCACUCCAACCCCACCGCGGCAAUGUUCACCCUCCGCGUCGCUAACUCCCGCCACCACUUCACGACCUCGCCCUCCAUCUCCCACCAUCUACUCACCACCCGAGGCGUCGCCGACAAGCUAGACCUCUCGCCCUUCGUCUUCCGCGUCAUGUCUCACUUCUGGCUCGACGGCGGCUACCACGAGAAUAUGCCGCGGGAGAAGUACCAGACGCUGCAUAAGUACCUCGCUACGAUGAUGCACUCGACCGUGUUGAAUGAUUUGGUGCCGACUUUCACGUCGGCGUUGAGCACGCAGACGGCGGAUCUGUGCUCAUUUUCAGACUCGAUUGUUGAUCAGCAUCCCUGGGAGCGCGCUGCGAAUGUUACGAGCACCUCGGCUGGGUCAGCGCUUGACGCGUUCUUCUCGCCCGAUCUGGCGCUGAAUCAUCCGACGAUCAUCGAGGAUGAUUUCUUGUCAGAGACGUAUCUGCAGCAAUGGCUCGCGGGGUUUCCGCCACAGUCUUUUGCUCCCAGUGCGGUACGUGCACGGGAUCGGAUUGUGACGGCUAUGCGCGAGCACUCACUCGCGUACUGGAAGCUCUCGAGGGGAGAGGAUCCGGGGGCGGUGUGGGCGAACGUGGGACAGACUUGUAAGCCUAUGGCGGAGCGGGUGUUGCUGUAUGGCUCUGAAGGGGAUUUUGAUGAGGUGAAGCCUGAGUGGGAGCGAGGUUUGAAUGCGGCCAAGGGGAAUGCGGCGAUCGUGCAGCCGCUGCAGACAAACAGUCCAAGGUUGGUGUUCUGGAUGGUAUGGGAGAUCAUGCGGGAUCCUGUUCUCCUGAAGGAAGUCCGUGAUGAGAUUGCUCCGUACGUCAGUAUCGAGACCAACUCCGGCGCAACACACGGCGGCAUACAGGAGAAGCCACGCCUCGCCAUCAAUGCCCAGUCCCUCCGAACACAAACGCCCCUCCUCCUCGGUGUCUUCCACGAAGUGCUGCGCAUGCAGCAGGACAGCAUGACCUACAAGCUCGUCACUGACGACUUCACUGUGACGGAAAGCGCCGAGGAUGCGGCGCGGUUCGGUGCUGCACAUCCGAGGACGUAUGCGAUCAAGAAUGGUGAUUUCGUGGUCAUUCCGCAUGGGUUGCAUAAUUAUGAUGGGAGGUAUUGGGAGGAUCCGGAGAGUUUUGACGCGCGGAGGUUUUGGGUGAAGAAAGGCACGAAGGGUGGCGUGGCAGCUCCUGACGUUGGAUUUGAGAAAGAGGAGAAGUCCGAGGAGUUGGACAAGAUCGAAGUGGACGUCUCCUACCUGACAACGCACCCCUGGGGCGGCGGCGCGAGCGUCUGCAAGGGCAAGAACUUUGCCAUCAUCGAGAUCUUGUUGGCGGUUGCGAGUAUCAUCACGCUCUGGGACUUCUCACCUGUGAAAGCGGGACUGUUUCCGGGGCUGGAUGGGGAGAAGAAGUGGGAAAGGACGAACGGGUGGAAGAGCUUGGGCGGGAGGGAAGGUGGGAUAGCUGGGAAGCUGCCUAGUGUCAUGGUCGAGGUGCGGCGGAGAGGUGUGUAA